UUGGCAGGGCUUCCUUUCUACUGAGCCUCAAAAGAAAAGUUGUUUCCUCCACAAGAUUUAUUUUUACUUUUUUUUCUACAAUAUUUUGGGUUUUUUUUUUCCUGCUUCAAAGUUCUCUGUUAUUAUUUUCUUCAAAUUAAAACCUUUCCAGGAAGAAAGAAGAGGUCCCUAAGACGCAGGACCAGGAUUUUAAAAUGUUCUAGAAUCUCUGAAGCUCAAAGAUUGCAGGCCUCCUCCCAAAGGUUAUAAACAGUUGAUAGCCUGGUGGAGCUUCCUCCAGGUUGGGCCAGACAACUCCAGAACCAGCCACAGUUUCUGAGUCACUACCCAUGCUGCAGUGUGUCUCCCGUGGUGGAUCUGGCUGCCUCCGAGUGUUCCUUGCUGACACUGAUCAUGUUCUCAAAUAUAGUGUGUAAGAAAAGGCUGCUAUUGUUCACAUCAUUUUUAGUAAUUUCCUGGACAAUUUUUGCAAUUUCUCAACAUUCUGCAAAGCUUUGGACUGCUCUAAACACAUCUAUCUCCUUCCAGCCCUGGAACACUUCCAUGAAGUCUUCACCUCCUGAGAUUUCAAGGAACCAGUCAAAGUCACCAUCCCAAUCAGAGCUGAGAGUCAGGAAGAUCUUGGAGAAGUUAAACCAGCAGAUCCCACCCAGGCCCUUCCCCCACCUCAACACCACCACCAGUGCCACACACAGCACAGAAGCCAUCCUCAACCCUCGAGACAAGUACUGCGUGGGGGACCAGCUGCAUGUGCUGCUGGAGGCUAGGGAUUACCUGGGACACAGAAAGGACUAUGGUGGGGACUUCCUGAGGGCCAGGAUGUCCUCCCCAGCCCUGAAGGCAGGCGCCUCUGGAAAGGUGACAGACUUCAACAAUGGCACCUACCUCAUCAGCUUCACUCUGUUCUGGGAGGGCCAGGUCUCCCUGUCUGUCCUUCUCAUACACCCCAGUGAAGGGGUGUCAGCUCUCUGGAGAGCAAGGAACCAAGGCUAUGAUAGAAUUGCCUUCAAAGGCACAUUUGCUAAUGGCUCCUCCCGGGUCUCAGCUGAAUGUGGCCUGAUCCUAAACUCAAGGAAUGAACUCUGCAAAUACCUGCUCCGUGGUGGUGAAGAAGUCUUCUACUGUGUGAAGCCCCAACACUUGCCCUGUGAGGCCCUGACCCACAUGUCUACCAGGCAGCAAAGUGUUUCUCAUCUCACUGCCAAAGAAAAAGGCCUUUUCCAGAAGUCCAACAUAGGAGUUGAAAUGAUGAAGAACCCUAAGUACAUUGCUGUCUCCCAAUGCAAGAAGAGUGAAAACAAAAGGAAGAAAUGUGAGAUUGGACCAGAGGAGAUUCCCACACCUAGCAGCUACGUUUUACAGGGAAAGUGGGUAACAGCCCAUUGCAACCAGCGCCUGUUAAACUCAAAUCAGAUAAAUGACUGUUUGAAAAGAAAGCUUGUUUACCUCCUGGGAGACUCAACGUUACGCCAAUGGAUCUACUACCUCCCCAGAGUUGCAAAAACACUAAAACCUUUUGACCUUCAUGGGUCUGGAUUAUAUAAGAAACAUGUGCUUUUGGAUGCUGAGAGGCACACUCUGGUUGAAUGGAAAAAGCACAGCUACCCUUUCAUCACUUUUCAACUCUACUCUGUGUUCGAUGAUGGCUACAUCCCUCAAGAAAUUGACUGCUUACCAGGUGACAAAGAUACUGCCAUUGUCAUUACCUUGGGCCAGCACUUCAGACCCUUCCCCAUGGAAGUUUUCAUUCGUAGAGCCAUCAGUAUCCAAAAGGCUAUUGAACGGCUCUUCCUCAGAAGCCCUGACACUAAAGUCAUCAUUAAGACAGAAAAUAUCAGGGAGAUGCAUAUAGAUACAGAGAAAUUCGGAGACUUCCAUGGUUAUAUUCAGUAUCUCACCAUGAAGGAUAUUUUCAAAGACCUUCAUGUGGGUAUUAUUGAUGCCUGGGACAUGACCAUUGCAUAUGGUACCAAUAUUCUCCACCCACCUGAUGAAGUGAUUAAAAGUCAGAUUGACAUGUUUUUAAACUACAUUUGCUAAAGCUACAUCACUAGGAGCCAAUGUCCGCCAGUGAUGCCAUGUGUUUCAUCAGUAUGUUUCAUCACAUUAUUCAGUUCAGGAUCUAAAAAAAAAAAAAUUAAUUUAGAAGAAUCUGCCUUGGAAUAGAGACUCCCUUGGUUCAACUUUCAGCACCCCAUGAGCAGGGCAUACAGGGAAUUACAUGCUUGUAAUUCCAGAACUCAGAAGGAUCAGAAGUUCAAGGUCAACCUUAGUUAUAUAGUCAGGUCAAGAAGAGCCUGGGCUACAUGAGAACCUUUCUUGAUGAAAAAUAAUAGCCAUAAUCUUGACAGGAAACAUACUUGAAAACAAUGGCUGCAGAGAUGGAAAAUAAAGCCAAGAAAACUAGGUGUGAAGAUAAUCCUAGGACAUACUCCAUUUAUCUCUGGGUUAAUAUAUACCUUUAUUCUUUAGGCAACUUGGAGUCAUGAUGUCUGUUACUCUUGGCUAAACCAAGCAACAGGAAGUGUUAAAGAGACCAGACAUGUCAUUAUCAUUAUGUUCUAAGAUUUUUUUUUUUUUACUUAAAAAUAAUCAACUUUUUUUUCUGCAAAUGAACAGAGAGUAAGUAUGUUAGGCUUUAGGGUCUAUAUAUUGCCUCUGUCACCACUGUUUAAUAAUGCCACCAAAGCACAAAGCAAGACAUAAAAUGUAAGCAAAUAAAAAUGUUUCUAUUUAAAAUAAACCCUGGUAAUGAACAUUAAAAAUUAAAUUUUAUUUAAUGUA